AAGAGGUAACAACGCACACACACACUUGCACAAACACACACAUCUUGAGCGGUGCCAACAGCAGCUGCUCAUUAAACCUUGAGUCCUUUGGCACUGCAGGAUUUAUUCAGUUAAGCAUAAACACAUAUUUUAGUCGUUACGCAGCGAAGAACACUUCAUUUUGAAAACUGUGUUGUUUACAAAUUACGUUAAACUACGAUAAACUGUCAUUGUGCUUGUGUAUAGCAAAGGUUAAGCCACGUAUUUGCACGUAUGGAGAGAGAGAAAGAAGAGAGUCGCGGCUUCAGUGUUUGUCCUAUGAAGGUGUUCACGGUGCCAGAGACACCUGAACGUCACCACUUUUGGCAGCAGUUUAUCACACAAACUCAAACCCAUCCAAUCCAAUACAGCUUCCUUUAUACCGCACCUUUUUUGACUUAAAAAUAAAAGUAAAUAUGAUGAAACAAUUAAAAGGAAAAGCAAAAAAGAGAUAACAAAUAAAACAAUAAAAAAAACAAAGACACAAUGAACUACUAACAGACCACUCUUUCCAAAUUAAAAGGAGUUAAAGUAAGAUUAUUAUUAUCACAUUCAAGUUAAAGGGCCACUUUCUUCUCUAAUAUCCAGAGAUAAAUGUAUUAUUUGAUCAUCAGUGGAUCUUGAGGAAGUUGGGAUUGAAAAAAAUAAAUAAAACUUGACAUCAAAGUGACUGCCUUCAAAGAACAUAAAAGCCCCACACUGUCCGUCACUGUUUCUGUCAAUUAUAACAAGUUUUAUGAGUCAAAGAUCUGAAAAUCUGACUCAAUUUCAAGUCAAAUUGAACCCAACUCUCCAAUAGAAUGUGAAUUAAACACAGCAGCAUCGUUAUCGUUUUACGUUUACGCUUCAUUUGACCAAGUUGGGGGGAAAAAUGGGUGAACUGCCCUUUAAUGUUGUCAAACAUUCUGUCUAUAUUUGUCAUUUUAAAUUAAUUUGAGGAAGGUUUUUACAGCCAUAUGAAAACAAUAGAAUGUGUACGCUCCAGUUUAACCCUAAAAUAUUCAUUUUAUGACAUUAAUGAACCAUUAAAGUACAGUUUAACUUCAUUGUGUGACUCGUUUUAAACUUUACAGGGCAAAAACUAAUCAAAAGUGUGACGAUACCUUGUGUAUUUUAAAGAUAAAACAUCAGAAAUAAAUAUAAAUUCUGCACAGAGAGAGAAUAAAGCAGCAGAUACAUAAUAGAUGUUUAAAAAAGCAAUGAUCAGUCAUUUCCUCUCUUUGUUAAACCACCAAAGAUAAACACGUUGGCCUUUCUGCGUCAUGCUCAAACCAUUGUUACCAAAAGGGGGCGCGCUUUUUUUUUUAAAUCAUUCUUUCCUGAUGUGUGACUGACUGCCUCAGCCUUAUGGGAAGAACAACUUCCAUAUGUUUUUCCCCAUUUUUUUUUUCUUUAAGUGGGACUGUAUCAUUAAAUCCGUGCACUGCUCUUCAGGACUCACCCUAAUUGGGAGCCUGUCAGAUUUGACAAGUGCUGCUUGCAGAUUAAAGGUGUUCACGCUGCACAGACCAUUAAGUGGACACAGUCCGCUGAUACAGUAUAUAUAUGUACACGGGCACAUCCUGGAGGGAAAGUGGUGGCUACAAGAAACUUCAAUAAUGCAUAAUUACUCUGAGAUGAGGAGCAUUUUAAGCCUGAGAAUUCAGAAUUUAGGCCUUGUACAGAAGCAUUUUCUAGGAAAAGAAUGCUUAUGAAUGCUACUAAAAUUGAAGUAUAUAUCUGCUAUAAGAUACUCUUAAAGAAAACCUAUACAGCUAAUUCUGUAUUUAUACAGGGUGAAUUGUAUUUUAAUUAACGCCUUGGAUCACAGUUUUCUCCUGCGCAAAGCAAGGGGAUGUUUAUGACGCGUAAAAGUCAGAUUGGAGCAAAAGUGUGCAGCAGAGUUAAUUGCUGUGUGCAAUGUCUAAAAUGGUAAAAUGCCGACGACAGGAAAGCGGGAGAAAGUGACAGCGGAUAAAAGGCCACAUGGAGUGUAGCUGCGUAAUUACAGGCAGCUUUUACGCACCGGGUUUGAGGCGGCAGGAGCCACAGUUCAACUGGCGGAAUAUUGAUUAUUUGAUGGUAGAGGGAGAAAAAAAAUGCAUUAAAAUUCAUGUCCGGCAAUUCCAUGAUUCAGUCUUUAUGAAAAAAAAGAAAAAGAAAAAGCAACCCCCAUCCAUCCCAGGAAUCUCUCCCACCCUCCUCCAGUUGGAUCAUCGUGCGCGCUCUGACGUGAUUCCAUGCGAGGUCCUCAUUAAUGGAGUCGUUCGGUUUCUCUGACGUGUGUUUCGUUCCCGUGACGGCACCUGCGUCCUUAUAAGCCGCGGUUAGUCACCCGGGAGAGCAGCUUUUCAUUGGACUGGUCCUCAGUGUCCACACGCACAAGAGAAAACACUUCACCCGACCUGACUGUAGAAAUACUUGAGGUCUCCAUGCCUUCCCGCUCCAUAUAGUGGAGGACCCGUGCGACGAUGACCAUCCACGUAGAGGGACUCGUGGCCAUUGCGAUCUUUUACUUACUGAUCCUGUUCGUGGGCAUCUGGGCGGCAUGGAAGAACAAGCACACGGGGGAGGCGGAGGGCACCGACCGCAGCGAAACCAUCAUGGUCGGCGGGAGAGACAUUGGAUUGUUCGUGGGUGGAUUUACCAUGACAGCGACCUGGGUUGGAGGAGGAUACAUCAAUGGCACAGCUGAGUAUGUGUAUCUGCCCGAUUUUGGCUUGGCGUGGGCACAGGCGCCCUUUGGAUAUGCCCUCAGUCUGGUUCUGGGCGGCCUUUUUUUCGCCAAGCCCAUGCGCUCACGAGGUUACGUCACCAUGCUGGACCCGUUCCAGCAGCUGUACGGGAAGCGCAUGGGCGGCCUUCUCUUCAUACCUGCACUCAUGGGUGAGAUCUUCUGGUCUGCUGCCAUUUUAUCUGCCCUGGGUGCUACUCUGAGUGUCAUCGUGGACAUAAACAUCAAGAUGUCGGUGGUCAUCUCAGCGCUCAUUGCCAUCUUCUACACCCUGGUUGGAGGACUUUACUCUGUGGCCUACACUGACGUCGUGCAGCUCUUCUGUAUCUUUGUUGGCCUGUGGAUCAGCAUCCCGUUUGCCCUGAGCAACCCCGCGGUGUCCGACAUCACAGUGACAGCGGUGAAGGAGGUGUAUCAGUCGCCCUGGAGGGGCAGCGUCCGCAGCGUCGACACCUGGGUGUGGAUCGACAACUUCUGCCUCCUGAUGUUUGGAGGAAUCCCCUGGCAGGUGUAUUUCCAGAGAGUUCUGUCUGCGUCCUCGGCCACGUACGCUCAGGUCCUCUCUUUCCUGGCUGCGUUCGGCUGCCUCGUCAUGGCCGUGCCCUCCGUUCUCAUCGGAGCCAUCGGAGCCUCCACAGACUGGAACCAGACGACUUAUGGCGCCGUGCCUCCUCGGAUAAAGGACGAGGCAGACAUGAUUCUACCUAUCGUGCUCCAGCACCUCUGUCCGCCGUUCGUCUCCUUCUUCGGCCUGGGCGCCGUGUCUGCAGCUGUCAUGUCCUCGGCCGACUCCUCCAUCCUUUCGGCGAGCUCCAUGUUUGCGAGGAACAUCUACCAGCUCGCCUUCAGACAGUCGGCGUCGGACCGAGAGAUUGUGUGGGUGAUGCGUAUCACCAUCUUUGUGUUUGGCGGCCUCGCCACAGUGAUGGCCCUCCUCACCGGCUCGGUGUACGGCCUCUGGUACCUGAGCUCGGACCUGGUUUACGUCAUCAUCUUCCCCCAGCUGAUCAGCGUGCUCUUCGUCAAGGGCACCAACACAUACGGCUCGGUAGCCGCCUACCUGUUCGGCAUGGUGCUGCGUAUCGGCGGAGGGGAACCCUACUUGAAGCUGCCUCCUUUCAUCUAUUACCCCGGCUGGACUACCGAGAUAAAGAAGCACCACAUGACCGGAGAGCUGGAGGAGUUUGUCGUCCAGAAGUUUCCCUUCAAGACCGUCUCCAUGGUGGCCUCAUUCCUGGGGAACGUGGCAUUCUCCCACCUGGCCAAGUACCUGUUUGAGAGCGGCAAGAUUUCGCACAAGUACGACUUCCUCGACGCGGUGGUGUCCAAGGACAGCGGCGAGAUCAUGGACAAGACGACGCUCGUCGUGCGCGGCAACAACAUCGGCCUGUCGGAGAUGAAGCCGCGGCUGAGCGUGACCUUGGCGGCCGCCUUCACGCGCCGCGACACGCUGCCCGCAGAAACCGUGGAGGAGGAGGAGGAGGACUCGUCAAGCCCAGACUCCUCCCACCAUGAUGAAGAAUGACAAACUCGGGGGAGAAAUAAAACACUGAACAUGUGACCGAACUGCCAGAACGUGGGGUUACAUUGUUGGAUACCUUUGGACUAUGGAGAGCCAAACCCCGCUCGUAGAGACUGGAUAUCAGCCCAAUGUCAGGAUAUAGAUAUAUAGUGUAGCAGCUUGCUGAUUGUCCAGCCAUAAAGCUGUCUUUUUUUGUCACAUACACCAUCCCACACACUCAUUUCCUUCCUUGUAGAUAAAGAAACUGUUCAAAAGACUCUUAGGGCCCGAGCCACGAAUGGCAGGGGCCGUAACGGCCGCCCCUACUCUUAUCCUCCAGUUGAUGUGGUUUUGCGGUGGUUUUUGAGGGGGUUAACGUGCAUAGAAACUCUUGAAACUCGAAAAUGCGAU